ACUGAUUCAAACCGAUAAACAGUUUAUUUUUUAAUUUUAUAAGAUUUUUUGUUCAUUCGAUUAUUCGAUAUAAUAAGUUAAAAUGACGAGACAAAGGAGGAAGAAGAUGCAUUUUGGAGAUACUCAUCUCAAGAAGAAAUGGCGAACCAAAAGGAGAACAAAAGAUUUGGAUGAGAUCAAUGAAGACAUCAAACCUGAGAAUUGUGAGAAAUUACUGAAUCAAGAGGUAGAUUAUGAUAAGCCAGGAUCUGCCCAACAUUACUGUGUUCAUUGUGCCAGAUAUUUCAUUAGUCAGAAUGCUCUACAAGACCAUUUCAGAACAAAGACUCAUAAAAGAAGGUUGAAGGCUUUAGAAACAGAACCGUACACAAUUGAAGAAUCUGAAAGAGCUGCAGGUAUCGGUAGUUGGGUGCAACCAGUUAAAAGAAAAAUCGAAACUCAGAAACCUUUGAAACCUGAAGAUACUGUUGAGCCUACAGAGAAAAGAGCAAGAAUAGAUAUUGAUUAAUUCAAUGAAAAUGUAUUCAAUUUCCAAACUUUUAUUUCCAAGUCGAACUCUUAAUAACUUUAGUAGAAAUAUUAAAUCAG